AGAAACCUAAAAACUAUCGCUUUGCGGACGAAAGGAGGCUCUUGACGACCUUCGUAGCGUCAAGGGAGCUCUUGCGGGCUAAGCAAGCAUUUGGUUACCCGUUGCUGGUAUAUAAAGAAAGCAAGCAAACGGUGUUUUGCUCGCCAGACAAGCUUGGCGGUCCCCGCACUGCUAACUCUUGGUCCACGAGAGAGAACUACACUUCCCAGAAGCCUCUCUUCCGGUUCCAACCUGCGACAGGAAGUGCCUGUUGCUUAGAGACAGGAGGCGGGGAGAGCAACUGCCUGGGACUUGACUCUUCUUCCCCCUUCUUCUGAGAGUGUCAUCUAGUGCUGCUGUGCGGAGGAGCCCAAAUAUACUGCCACACUUUCCCUGAUAUAGGGCAAAGGAGCCUUCCAGCAGCUUGUUUGUACUUGGCUCCUAACAGCCGUUUGCCCUCCAAGCCAACAGAAUAAACACAUUCUCCAUGCUGUGCCUGGAAUGAAGCCAAGAGUGCCCUGCUAAGAAGUCCCCCCUCCCCUUUUAACGGAGGUGUGAGGAAGGUGUUUGGCCUCCAACGUAUGAGACAAGCUUGGCUACGGUUGUGGUGUAGCUCUGGACUUCUGCCAUGCCUUCUCUGCAAAACAGCAACAAUCUGCCUGAGCGUGCCUUAGCUAGGUGCUGAGCGGCUUCUGCACAGUUUCCUGCUCUUCCAGAUAAAUUGCCCACGCUUUGUUAGUGACUGUGAAAGCAGAAUUGAUUUGAACACACGAGGCCUAAGGAAAGUGAGAUCUUGCUGUUCUUGGUUGCAAGCCCGGAGCUGAGGCCGAGAUGUCAGAGGGGCCCUCCAGGAUUACGGGGCCCAUUCCCCCUGACCCCUCCCUCUGCCCAGAUUACUACAGGCGUCCCCUAUCAGCACGAGGGAGACUAGAAGGGAAUUCUCUGAAGCUGGAUCUGCUCCCUGGCCCCAUUCCUCCAGAGUCCACCCUCUACCCCACAUGCUACAGUGCUCGCCUUGCUCGUCCUCCCCCGCGGAUUAAACCCAACGCUAAGGACAUUCUGGAGAUGGGACGGAAGGGCACGGUGGGGGCCCUCCUGCAGCUGGAUGGGAUCUCCUUCUGCCAAGAGCUGAUGCCCAAGCGCAGGGAUCACAAGGACCAUGAGAAGGAGAAUUUGAGGCGCAUGCGAGAGAUUCAGCGAAAAUGCCGAGAGAAGGAGCAAGCCCGGGAGCUUAGCCAGCCUAAGCCCGUUAAAGCCCUGUGGAAGUCUCAGAAGUACGAGAGCGUGGAGUCCAAAGUAAAGGCAAAGCUGCAGGAGUGUCCUGUUCCUCCGAAUCCAGAAGCUCAGAAAUUCUUGAGAGCCUAUUCACGCUGUGGCACAGGAAUUCACCCACGCAGGUCGCCAUCUCCAAACCCUGCUCGGUCAAGAGCAACAGCGGAAACAUCAGCUGCGGAAUCACCGAACGGGAAUGUCAAAAUCCAGGAGGGGGGCCAGGCGGUGGACUUUGUCAGCCACAAUGCCCAAAACGCCAAACGAGCUCAGCUGCGGCGCUCGCGCUCCUUGCAGUCACUCUCUGAAGUGCUGGAGCAGAAACGCAAGGAGCAGGAAGACUACAACGCCAAGCAGAAAGGCCACGUCCCCCGCUACCUGAUUGAGAGGAAAGACUACUGGCGCAAAGAGGCAGAGGAGCACCAGCGCAACAUGCCUGACCCCGCCAUGCCACCUGGCCAUGCCAUGAUGCCAGAGAGCCAGCGGCUGGAAACGCUAACCAACCUGAAACAGAGCCAAGAGCAGCUGCUGAAGGAUCUCCUGCUGCUUCCAGUGCGAGCUGACACCCUCAGCGUCCAGAACCGACAUGCGACUCUGGAGAAGAAGCUGUCGCAGAUCGAGGAGGCGCUCAAGAUAUUCUCUCGGCCCAAAGUCUUUAUCAAGCUGGACUCCUAGGCUAAGAGCAGGACCCUCCCCUUCCCAGCCUUCUCUUCUCGAUUAUAAUGGAGAGGAAAAGUCUAGUUUUCCACCUUUGCAGUUGCACUCAGCCAGACAUCCUCCCCCUGCUCUCCUCCAUCCUCCCCCACUGUCCCAGUGAUGCAAGAUCCUGUCCUACGCUUGUGCAGCUGACCACUCUCGUGUCCAUUGUUCCUGCAACCUAACCUUUCAGGAGUUUGGAAGCAAAAGAUAAUAUUGAUCUGCUUGUCUUGCUUCACACCAGGAGUGGGGAACCGGUGUCCCUACAGAUGUUGUUGGACUCCAGCUCCCAUCAACCCCAGCUACGAUGGCCAAGGUUUAGGAACGAUGGCAAUCAGGGCUAACAACAUCUUGAAGGCCACUGGUGGUUCUUCCGUUUUCCAUGCAAAUAGGAUAGAUUGUCAGAAAGGUGUCGGUAGGUAAGGGAAAGAGGUCCUGGUUCUCAGAGGAGGCUAACUAUUGCGGGGAUCUGUAAAACCUCUGCAGCAACAGUUUGAAUUUGCAGAGUUACCCCUCCAUGGGGUGAGAUGGGGAAAGUGUGGCCCAAAUAUGUAACAGUACAGCAGGUCUGAGCUGGCACCCUGGGAGUUGUUCAUAUUCCAGCAGCUCUCAGCCCCUCCAUGAGGUAGUUCAGCAAAUGCAACAGGUACACACUGUGGCUGGACAAGUGGCCGCUACUUAGAGGUGCAUGUGUGCAAUUGUAACUUAAAGCAGUUGGGCAUUUUUCAGAAAAAUAAAAUAACCUUUGUAAGUACUUGUCCCAGGACGGAAGCUGAAACUGUGGGUGCCUUCACAAGCACUUUGAAGGAUUCUUUAGAUGUCUGUGGCAUUUUUAACUUUGUAAAUACAGUAUAUGGUUCAUGCAGGAAUAAUUUUAUCAACGUGGUUAAUGCAUUUUUCAUUUGGAUUAUAGAUCCUACUAAUGUAGCCAGUCUUUGCUUCUGUGAACAGCAGACAAGGACGAACUGUAGCAGCACCUGCAUUGCCUAUGGAAGGUCCCUCUGGCAUCUUCACUUAAAAGGAUCAGACAGCAGGAAAUGGGAAAGACCUUCUGCCUGAAACCUUCACGAGCAUCUGUCAGAGCAGGCAAUUCUGGAUUAGGCGGACACGUAGUCUAACUUAAUAUAAGCCGGCUUCCUUAGUCAUGUUAAGAAAUGUAUAUUACUCGCCAGCCUUGUCUGCCCUAGAGAAACACAGUGUCUAGGCUUUCCUCAAGCUCAUGACAUCUCUUUUGCUAGAACAGGUGUGGGGAAACUGUGGGCCCCCAGGUGUUGCUGAACUACAACUCCCAUCAUCCCUGACCAUGCUUGCUGGGGCUGAUGCGCUGCAGUUCAGCAAGAUCCGGAGGGCCAAAGGUUCCCCACUCCUGCGCUAGAUGCUGGUAUUGGAUGUGCAUAAAAAAGCACAAAGUUGUUUGUAUUUGAACACCCGCCGUAUGAGAUGGUGGUUAUGGCACAGAAUAGAUUCUCAAAAGAGAGAAUUAUUCAGGCUGCGUUCCCCCUCCCCCCACUUAAAUGAGGCAUGCAUAUGUAGUCCUCCUCUUGGAGUUUCCUUUUUCUCCCUCCUGUGCUCAGAGGGUGGGGGCCAGGGGGAGAGGUAAACUCCAAAUUUGAUUCUCUUUCCACCAUGCUGUUACUUUACCUGCAGCCGUAAACUGGUGUCAUGAGUCAGUCCUCAUCUAUCUGAACUGUAGGAAUUGUAGUUCUGGGAAGCAGCACCUGUAGCAGAAAUAUCCUUCACCAAACUACAAUUCCCAGGGGCCUUGGGGCAAUCUAUUACAGUUAAAAGUGGUAAAAAACCAAUAUAAGUCUGUGGUGCAGUUGUGCCCUAUAGGUGUUUUGGGGAACUUGGUUGCAUGCUUUUAUUUUAUUUUAUUUAUUUAUAUCCUGCCUUCCUCCCAGUAGGAGCCCAGGGCAGCUGUACUUUCCUGGGGCUGAUGCAAGUUGUAGUCCAAAAC